CCGCGGGGCGGCAGGCCCGGGUUGCCGGGACGGGGGCGUCAGGGCCUAGGAGUGGGGAAUGGGCACCCUUCCGCCCCCUCGCCCUGGUCUCUCGCAGACGCCCCCAUCCCCCUCGAUUCCGGUAAUAGUUGAAUUUAUUUAUCCGUCUCUGCGCUCCGGGCGGCCAGGCCGGGGCGGGGCGGGCGGCCUGGCGGGCGUGGGGUGGGGUGGAGGGGCGGUGAGGAGUCAGGUGCAGCCGCGGCCCGGAAAGUUUCCUUUUAGGCCCGAAUUGGGGGUUGCCCUCCUUUCGGGGAGCCCUGGUCCUAGCGCCCGCGACCCCCGAGGGCGUGGGGGGAGAGCACUCGGCUAUUUUGCAACUCUUUGCCAGUUCCUGUCCAUUGAAGACAAUCUGCUUCAUCUUGAUUCUGCAGCAUUCCAAACUGUGGUAUCCUUGGGGUUCUCUUAACAUUGCUAUGGUGCAGAAGAUUUAAAAUCAGCUGAUGUUCACAAGGAAUAGAGUCACGUGAUGUAUGAAGGGAAACAUAUACACUUCUCUGAGGUUGACAAUAAGCCCUUGUGCUCAUAUAGCCCCAAACUGUGCAAGCAGCGGCGACUGAACGGGUACGCUUUCUGUAUCAGACACGUUCUGGAGGACAAGACUGCCCCCUUCAAGCAAUGUGAAUAUGUGGCCAAGUAUAACAGCCAACGUUGCACCAACCCCAUCCCCAAAUCAGAGGAUCGUAGGUACUGCAACAGCCACUUGCAGGUACUUGGCUUUAUCCCGAAAAAAGAGAGGAAGAAAAAGAAUGAUCCUAUAGAUGAGGUGAAGGUCAGGCACCAGAUGGAUACCAUGGCCUUUAGCCUGACGGUGCCCCCGUUGGCCCUGAAGAUGCCCAAUGGACUGGAUGGCAUGUCCCUCUCUCCACCUGGGGCUAGGGUCCCUCUCCACUACCUGGAAACCGAGUUGGAAGACCCAUUCGCUUUCAACGAGGAAGAUGACGACCUAAAGAAAGGGGCAACUGUGAGAAAGAAGUUGCAGAGCAAGUUGGCCCAGAAUCGGCAGCGCCAGAGAGAGACCGAGAUUUUGAAAGUCCGACAAGAGCACUUUAGUCCCCCUCCUGCGCCCUCACAGCAGCAGCCCCCGCAGCAGCACUCCCGCCUGUCCCCUUUAUCCACUUCUUUGAAACCUCCAGCGCCACCGCCACCGCAGGGUUUAGUCUGCAAGUCGCCUCCACCUCCGAACACCAGCCUACCAAUGCAGGGAGUGGCCCCCACCACGCACACUAUAGCACAAGCAAGGCAGUGGUCCCACAAGAGGCCGCUGCCCCUCCUGCCAUCCAGUAGGGCUCCCGCCGCGGACCCGCCCAGGACUGACCGGGUCCUCAUGAAAGCCACAGCCUUCUCGCCACACUUCUCCUGUAUAAGUCGCCUGCAGAGACUGGUGAAACUGUGCACCCAGAAACAUCAGCUGGACACUGAUCUGUUUCCCCAUUUAGGGUUGGACUGGUCGGAAGAGAGCGGAGAGGAGCCAGAGGACUCAGAGCAGGCCUCACCGUACCGGGUGGCGUGGUCCAUCCGAGAAACCCUCAGAUACGAGAGACAUACGUCCGAUGACGAUGAUACAGAGAGUAGGAGCUCCAGGGUGACCCAACUUUGCACUUACUUUCAGCAGAAAUAUAAGCACCUCUGCCGCCUGGAGCGGGCAGAAUCUCGUCAAAAGAAAUGCCGGCACACGUUUAGGAAAGCUUUGCUGCAGGCGGCCAGCCGCGAACCGGAGAGCACCGGCCAGCUGAUGCAGGAGCUGCAGCGGGCUGCGUGCGGCCGGACCAGCAUGAGCCGGACCAAGUUGAGGGCAAUAGAGCCAGCCGCGUGCAGUGGAACCGUGAAGGGUGAACGAUGCCCUAACAAAGCCCUUCCAUUCACCAGACACUGUUUCCAGCAUAUCCUCUUGAACCGCUCUCAGCAGCUUUUCUCAAGUUGCACAGCCAAGUUCGCAGACGGACAGCAGUGCUCUGUGCCCGUGUUCGACAUUACACACCAGACCCCGCUGUGUGAAGAACAUGCCAAAAAAAUGGAUAAUUUCUUGAGAGGAGAUAGCUCCCGUAAAGUUCAGCACCAGCAGCAGAGGAAACCCAGGAAAAAAACCAAGCCUCCUGCACUUACCAAAAAACACAAGAAGAAGAGAAGGCGUGGACCUCGUCGACCCCAAAAACCCAUCCCCCCUGCAGUACCCCAAGGGAACCUCAGCAUGCCCACCAGCGUCUCACUGCCAGUGGAGGCUGUUCAGAUCCGGAGCCCGUCCACGCCAGAGCUGAGUGCUGACGAGUUGCCGGAUGACAUUGCCAAUGAGAUCACGGACAUUCCACAUGACUUGGAAUUGAACCAGGAGGACUUUUCAGAUGUCCUGCCACGGCUACCUGAUGACUUACAAGAUUUUGAUUUUUUUGAAGGAAAGAAUGGAGACCUCCUUCCGACUACCGAAGAGGCCGAGGAACUCGAACGGGCCUUGCAGGCUGUAACUUCUCUUGAGUGCCUGAGUACCAUUGGGGUACUUACCCAGUCAGACGGUGUGCCAGUCCAGGAGUUGUCCGAUCGAGGAAUAGGGGUGUUCUCCACAGGUAGUGGAGCUUCAGGAAUUCAAUCCCUGAGCCGAGAAGUGAACACGGACCUAGGGGAGCUAUUGAAUGGGCGCAUAGUACAUGAUAAUUUUUCUAGUCUAGAGCUGGAUGAGAACCUGCUCCGUUCUGCUACCUUGUCUAACCCACCUACACCCCUGGCAGGGCAGAUCCAGGGGCAGUUCUCUGCCCCAGCCAACGUUGGCCUUACUUCUGCCACUCUGAUCAGCCAGAGUGCACUUGGGGAGAGAGCCUUCCCAGGACAGUUUCAUGGACUACACGACGGCAGCCAUGCCUCCCAGAGGCCACAUCCUGCCCAGCUGCUGAGCAAGGCAGAUGACCUAAUCACCUCACGACAGCAAUACAGCAGUGAUCAUUCACACUCCUCGCCCCAUGGAAGCCAUUACGACAGCGAGCACGUGCCGUCUCCCUACAGUGACCACAUCACCUCUCCCCACACGACGUCUUUCUCUGGUGAGAAUAUGGCAGCUACCUUUUCGGCAGAGAUGCCCAUCAUGGCGCAGCACUUGCUCCCAGCCCAACUCGAGGUGCCCCUUGGAGGAGUCGUCAACCCCAGAACUCACUGGGGCAGUCUCCCUGUCAACCUCGGAGAGCCCUCUCCGUUCAGCAACCUUCUCGGCGCAGAUGGCCAUCUCCUCUCCACUUCCCUCUCCACGCCACCCACCACUUCGAACUCAGAGACCACACAGCCUGCCUUCGCCACUGUGACCCCCAGCAGCUCCAGCGUGCUCCCGGGGUUACCGCAGACCAGCUUCAGUGGCAUGGGGCCUUCUGCUGAACUCAUGGCCUCCACCUCCCCCAAGCAGCAGCUCCCUCAGUUCAGCGCAGCCUUCGGCCACCAGCUGAGUUCUCACAGUGGCAUCCCUAAGGACCUGCAGCCCAGCCACAGCUCGAUAGCCCCUCCUACAGGCUUCACAGUAACAGGUGCCACAGCUACAAGUACCAAUAAUGCGUCCUCUCCCUUUCCCUCCCCUAACUGAGCGUGUCUGUGUAUUUGCAGGCAGGCGGGGAGCCUGGCGUUUUCUAUCUCCGUCUCCUGUGUAUCAUCCCUCUCCCCCUUUUCCUAACGGAGAUUUUAAAAAUAACAGAUGGGGACUACAGGGGGACUCCCUUUUCCGGUUCAGCAAGUCGGCCUGCGGCGGACCUCGCUUCAGUGUUGCCGUGUGCCCCUUCGCACUGGUGCUCAUCCCCUCCUGGCAGGUUCACCCUCCCCCGAUGGUUUCCUUCGUGGCUCAGCACAGUGACUGGAUAGAAUCGAUUUUUAGCAGCAAGUCCUAGAAGUGGAAGAUACCUCAGAUUACCAGUGCCCUUUACUAUUUCCUAGUAUUCAGAUCAAUGCUUUCCAUUCUGUGACCAGGUCUUGACGGAGGUGGUUCUAGAGAGAAUGGUCCUAUUCACUGAGUUCCCGUGUAAGCGAUAGCAGAUGGUGCGUGGGGGGCGGGUCGGGGCUCUGACCCAGCACCACCUGCUAGACACCACAUGAGGCCAGGAUUCCAUUCCGAAUUGUGAUCAUGUUCGAUUAAAAAGAAAAAAAAAUUAGUCUUUUGACCGCCUGUGUGUGUGUGUGUGUGUGUGCGUGUGUGCGCGCGCGCCCGUGUGUGUCUGUGCAGGGCAGGAAGCAGCUGUCCCGUUGUUGUUGUUGUUGUUGUUGUUGUUUUGUUUUUUUUCCUAAAGAGGACAAGGCUCUGACUUCUCCUUUCCCACAUCUCCGAACCCUCAUCGGGUCAGUCAUUCUUUCCCCCUGAAUUAGUGAGGUCUCCCGCGUGCAGAGAGCGGCAAGCUGAUGAUGCGAAUUGCACAACCCCGUUGUGCUCGGUGAUCGGGGAACGCAGAAAGCCGAAUUCACUUCGGGGCUGUGGGGACAUCACAGCGAGCUCACGUGCACCGACCAUGCGGUUGCUGAGAUUCCAAGGUCUGGUGGGCACUUGGCCUUUUUAGACGCGCAUUUGGUUUCUCCGUCCCUCUCUCGCGGAGGACCUUCCCGAGGUGUAAUUACAAAAAGACCACAUUUUGAUGUGAAGAGCAGGACAGGUCAGCUAGGUUCGGAAAGAUGGGAUCUCUGAACUCCUUGGUGUGUCUUUUCCUUUUGGCUUUUUCAUGUUUACAGUAGUGGUUCUUCGGUAAAUUUGUAACUUGUCAGCGACACUUGUAGAAUCAAUGUACCAGUUGUGAAGUGAUGUGUAAUAUCUGAAGGAUACACAUUUUAAAGUUUCUUUCAAAGCAGAAUAUGGACUACCCACCCUUUGGUACUUUUAAAAUAAUUGAAGUACUUAGGUUUGACUUUGGGGAAUUUUUUUUUUUUUAAAGUACCAGAAUUUUAGGGUUCAAAAAUCAUAUUGGUAGUUUAGUAAGUUGGUGACUAUGAAAUAAAUCUGUGAGGUUUCUUUUUACCUGCCUUGUCCCUGGCCUCGGCGCCGGCCCUGGCCCCGUCCCCCAGGGUGGAACUAGAUUCGAAAGGCGUCUGUGCUCUGCUUUUGCUGAGAAGCCUCACUGUCCCCUGAGAUACCAUUGGCUAUUUAUACCCGAGUCUAGUCUAAUUUACAUAUAUAUAUUUUAAAAGAUGAGUAGAGAGAACAUAUCUAUUAAUGAUGUGAUAUAAUAAUUCAUUUGUCAGGGAAUAUUUGAUCUUAAUUCCUUUUCAAUAGGUAAAGAUUUGGAUGUAUUUUCCUACUUCCUAUAUGUAAUCUCUUUAUGCCAUGCUAAUUCUAACCAGUCCCUUCUUUUGAAAGCUUUUCUUUCUCUGCUUUUUAAAGGAAUAAUGGUGAUCGGCAGGCAUUAUGCAGAUACGACGUGCCUGAGAUUAUGGAGGGGGAAAUGUCACAUGACUGUAUGAAAUCAUUAUAUGCCCUAUUUUGUAUUUAUUGACGUUUUCUUUUUGUGGGCCAAAAAUACAUUUGUAAUAUAUUUAGGGUUUUUUUUUAAUCAUGAUAAUUGAUUGGAAGAUUUAUUUUUGAAUAGCUUUGCCUUUUUUGCAGAUUGAGAAAUUUCUAAAUUAUAAAUUAUGUCACAAAGCAAAAUUAUAUUUGGUAUCACCAUAAAUUUCUAUUCUGAAUGGUGAGGACAGAUAAUUUGAGUAUUUCUCACCUGUGAACCUAUGUUAGGAAGCUUUUUUAUUUUAAUGUACUGUAAUGGAAUGAUUACGAGUAGUUCCCUCUGCUCAGAAGUAUCAGUUGGUCUUCCUCCACUCUUUCCCUUCCUGUUCUCAGCAUCCCUAGAUAACCAUCCCGUUCCCAGCAGUCCGAUCUAGUCUCCGUUGUGUACUAAUUCAAGGUUGUAACAGAGCAGCACACCGACUGUCUUAACCUACCAGCCCUUCUCUGACAGCAAAGGGAACGUCUUGGGUAGUCGGUUCGAACUUCUCUGGCUCUUCGUCUCUCGUGGUAGCUGCUUAAAACUCUUCAGUUAUCAAAACUGAGUUUGCAGUAAGUUGCACAUUUUCUUGUUUGCAAUUUUCUGUUGUAUGUGCAUUGAAAAGCCCUUUCCUGCUUUCUAGUAAGGAGGCAUGAAAUGAUCAGGAAUGUUGCCAGUUUCAGCUUCACACCAAAAACUUCGAGUCAGUUCAUUUUUGUUUAGAUGCCCACAGGGAUAGCUGAAGAAGGGGCUCCCGUAGGAAGGACCACUGUAGGUUUGAGGAAUUAGCAAAAAAACAAAUUUGUCUUCUCAUCUUAUCUCCUUCAAAACCAGCAUCCCAGCUUGCAAUUUGCUUUGCUCGCGCGGCUUCUUGUGAGUCCCUUUUCGGAAGAGAGAAGAACAUCCUGUGAACCCAGAGAUAACCUGUUAAUGUUUUUCUUUUAGCUAAUGUGGGGCAAUUCUAGUCUGUUGUUAGUAGGUUUGCUGUUCAUGUGUAGAGAAAGGAAUGAAGUGUCUUUCACUCUGGAAAUACGAAAAUUCGUGUCUUUAAGUAGCACUUACGCCUAUCGUAAGGCAGUACUGGAAUCGCAAACAAAAUUCACAGGAGGUCCUGGUUUGGUGGAAACUAGCUUGUAUGCUAGUGUGAAAUUCAGGAGAAAUAGUGGCAGAGAAGUUCACUCCAUAUCUGUAGUUCUUUGGGACCAUAUAUAAAGGCCAGUUAGAUUGUGUUCAUGUGAUUUACUUACACCGUUGCUGCGGUUUCAUAGAUACACUCUGUGCUCGGAGAAUCUGAAUUCCAUUCUAAGGAAUGAUACUGGCUGUGAUCUUAGAGCAUUGAAGAAGUGUUUUUCUCUCCUUUACUCUCUCUACAUAAUGGUUAAUAUUAUUUUAAUUAAAGUACUUAAGACAUUGAUUUUUUUCCUCUGUAAAAAUGGCUUAGUAAUUUGCACAUCUGCGUAGGUUAUGUAGCUAGUAAACAAUUCACAAUAGUAAAUAGCAUUUACACUUAACCCACCAAAUGACAGACUAUGCAAUGGAAAAAUUUUGUAAUUAUUGUCACAUAGCUUAUAAGGUGAAGGAUUUUUUUUUUCCUCUAGUAACCUACCAUGUGAGAUAGAACUGCUUUAUAAAUGACUUCCUGAGCAAUUUCAUGCUGGCAGGCACUGCAUUGUGUCUAGUGUCCCUCCACGAGAAGAUGAUAAUUUAAUGAGAAGCAAAUAGUAGAGAUGGAGAUAAAGUUGGAAAAUGUGUGUGUGUGUGUGUGUGUGUGUGUGUGCGCGUGUGUGUGUGUGCGUGUGUUUCUUUUCCUUAAAAUUGUAGUUACCGUCUCGAGUGGCAUCAGGCUAAAGAAAGUGAAUACUUUAUCCUUGCCAAAUAAUUAUUUAUAAGAUUUAUUUCUUCAAUAAGCCCAGUCUCAACUGCAAGCUAAGAAUCCUCACUUUCUGUGACUAACACUAAAGCUUUUCCUUAUCCGAGCUCACUCGCAGUCCAUGAUCCCAACCCAGAGGCAAAGACAGUGCUUUGAUUUGGACGGAAACGGUGUCUGUGAUCCAUCCCCAUGCCCAGUUUGUAAGCUUUCUUCUUACGUGAAAGAAUUUAUGUUACUCUUGACCUAUACUGUUCAGUUUUGUUUUGGUUUUAUAUUUUAAGUAGGCUUCACGCCCAGCGUGGGGCUUGAACUCACAACCCUGAGUUCAAAAGUCACAUGCUCUACCGGCUGAACCAGCCACAUACCCCGGUACCAUUCAGUUUGUAUUAGUUGGCCCUCAACUUGGAGCCUAUGUAGGUAACUCCCAUCAGAGUUACCUAGGGAGGCAAGGGACAUUGCCCUUGCGUCACAGGGGUGGUGAUGGCGGUCAUGGUAGGCUGCGUCGGCAGUGUUCUUGUGAGCUGGUCGAUCGCCUUUUCUCCAUGUUCUGUAGGCGGUUGUGGAUUGGGAUUGCACAAAGAUGAGGCUAUUCUUAACACUAAACUAAUUAUUUAAUAGGUUUGGAAUUCAUUUAAAAAAUAUCUAGGUAUCUAGUUUCCAGAUUCUUCAACCUCUUUCUUUUUAGCCUUUUAGCAUUCUACUAAAUUCUGUUUUUAAUCUGGUAUAUAUAGAUUAAUCUAAUACAGUGGUCUUCUCCACGGUCAGCAGAACUGUGCGGGUGACAGAGGCGAUUUCAAAGAUCCCUUGGAAGAAAAUGUGGUCAUACUGAAUAGUCUUCAUCUGUAUCUCUUUCAUCACCAACACCUACAUCAUUCCAAGGAUCUAUUCCUGAUGAGAAAUACAUUUCUUGGGGGUGAGGUGGGAGGUGGACAUAUAUGUGUGACAGAACAUAGUUUUUUUUUUCUUUUUCCCUCCCACAGUACAUUGAAAAUACGGACUCGUCACUGGCAUUCUGUAGAAAGGUGAAAGAAUGACAUCUUAGUAUCUGGAGCCUUGUGAGCUUUCCAGUAUCCUAUUCUGGAGGGAACCAGAAUCCAUGCUUAGUAGACUAAAGUAACAUUUUAAAUGCUAUCUUUGAUUUGAAAUAGAUUUGAAAAAUCUAUUUUAUUUUGAAAAAGAUGUGAAAUAAAAUACCAGUGAAGAACCUAUUUGAGUAUCUGUCUGUUAAGCAUUUCCCCCUGACCAAUAAUAAGUUAGGGAAAAAAACCCUAAAAUACAAGUGAGUAAUUAUGUCUCCUAAUAGCCAGUGUCAUUAAUGCAAAAAUCGUGGGGCCGACUUGGAGAGCCUCAUUUCUAUAGCAAAAAGUCUCCCUUCAGCUCUAAUUUCUGUUCGCUUCCCUCUCUCUGCACUGUGAUACAGAGCCAAGAAAGGACGGGUGGCAUUUCAGAGAGAGCAAAUUUGGUAUGACUUUCUUUAGCGGAAACCAGUUUCCCAUAUCUUGGGAAUGUUUGACUACUUGAGUGGCGGAAUUUGGGGGAAUCUGAAAUGGAGUCUGAAAAACAAUGUUGUAAGAGAAAAGCUUCCUAACUCUUGGUAACCUUUGUCGGGCAGCCCAGCUCCCCAUCCCCUUUCCCUCCUGCCUGCGGCCUCAGUGCCCACCCGGGUCCUCACGUCUGCACACACACCCCUGACCUGCCCUGAUCCUGGCCUAAGAGUAAUAGAAGCUGCCUCUUUCACUUGUUUUGUUUCGUUUUGUUUCUGUUUGUUUUUUUGUUUUUGUUUAUUUUUGAGCUGGGGACCACUGAAGUAAGCUCUGUGUGCACCCAGAGUUCCCCUUGGAAAGAUGUUCACCAUUCAGUGCAGCGAAAUGCCACACCGUUGCUUUUGCUUGGGGAAUAGACUGAUUUGCCCUGAACUGACUCCACCCGGUGUCGCUAAGGCCCCGUCGGCUCCUGCAGCAGAUGCGUGUGCAAGUGAUGGGACGUUGGAUGCUUGGGACGUGGUCUUCAUCUGCUCAAAAGGGUUCAAAUCAGUCUCUCUUCACAGUCAUUGUUCUUUUCACUGUAUAGUGUUGAGUAUGUCUCAGGGAUUCCUUGUGGAAAUUAGGGCAGUUUUUAAAAUAAGAAAAUAGUUUUAAAAGUAACUAAAGGUGACUCAUCAUUGAAGAGAGCGCAAGAAAGAGAAAACGUUUGGUUUCAUAGCCCACCGUGUCUCGCGUAGGGUUUUUCCCUUGCUCCUUCAGCCUCUCAUCUCCGCUUCAGCAAACAGAAUCCUUUCCCAUCACGCACAGCUUUAAAAGUUUUAUUUAAAAGUUUCCUUCCCUGAUGAGCUUUCAGAAUACUUAUUGUAGAUUUUAAGAGAAAAGGUAUAUUAAUUUAUACUAUUAACAUCACCUCAUAAAUUAUAAGUUUUAUACUAAAGCUGUAUUGAGUGUAAUGAAUUACGUUGCCUAUGUGUUUUAAUAGCUGAAAAAAUUAUAUAUGAGCUUUUUUUUUUUUUUUUUUUUUUUUGACAAAACAAACUAGUGAAGCACCUUUUUACACUGGAUCUCUGCCGUGUCAAGGUGUAUAGCUAUCCUUUGCUACCUUGCAGAUAUAUAAAAUAAAAGGAUAUCCUGGGGCCUCAAAAUGUAGAACACCUUUAGACCAUUUAUUACUGCUCAUAGAACUGUUGGGAAUCGUGUUUCUUUAGUAAAUGAUCUGUGGUUUACACUUAAGAUGGCUAGAAGCUUAGUUACAGGGUAUAUAGAAAUACACAAUAGAUCAAGCAAAACUCCCCCAACUACUGUAGCUGGAUUUUGUAAACUAAGUUUUUCAGACCUCUUUUAGUUCCUAUGGAUUUAUUCUUUAAUUUACAGUUUAUUCUGUAAGUUGGGAAGUAAAAAUAGAGAAAAUAAUAAAUCUAGAUGUUCUCAGUGUCUUAUUCAGGAACUUUUUCUCCCUCCUCACUAAGGAAUUCCCACUGUGACUUAAAAAUAGAAUUAAAUUACUUGUGUGCAUGUCUCGUCUGUGUUUUUACACACAUGCAAAAAUAUACAUCGGGGGCACGUGUGUGAGAGAGAUGAAUGUGUGCUUAGGUAAAAAUAGAGGAAGGUAACAGAAUGUAUUGUAGAAAUACAAUUUAUUUAGAUGAGGCUAUCAGAGUUUUUUUCUCAUUGUCUCUGUAGUAUAAAUACACCGAAUUCUUCAUUAUGCUAUCUUAUGUUAAAAGGCUAGCUCUGAUAUCAUGUGCAUUUUAUUUUAACCUUUUGAUUAAUUUAUAUUAUGCUAUGUUUUUCAAAUGACAUGAGAAACAGGUUCUAAGACAAGCCUCUCACUUUUGAGCAUAAAAAUAAGAGAGAGAGAGACGAACCAGACACAAGCUGUGUUUAUCUACUGGGGUGAUGGGACCAGACCAGUUGAAACAACUUUUUUUUUUAAUGUUAAUAAUAGAUUUCUUCGUAUUCUGAGUUAGUAAAGCUUAGUGAUCAUCUUUUCUUGGUGAAGUUAAGAAAAUUAAAGGCUUUUUAUAAAGAAUACCAUUUUUGGGGGGGAGUGCUUUUUUGGAAGAGUUGGUGGGAUCAUUUCACCAUGCAUAUUUCAAAGCUGGGAUGAUUUCAGUUAUUUCCAAUUUUUUUUUUAAAAAGUUACUCAGUUGUGCUAUUACUCAUGAAGUUAAUGUGCCCCCAACCGCCAUAUUUUGGUUAUAAGAAAAAUUAUGCUACCCUUGACUUUUACCUAAUUCAUAUGGAAUUUUAAAAAAGAUACAUUCCUGUGUUUUGAGUUUUGUCAUUUUGCUAUACAUUCAUUGCUGGAGUAACUGGUGGUCUAAUGUAGACAAAACUAGAGUUGUUAUUAAAUGCUCCAAUCACAAUUAUUUUUAAUAUGAAAAGAUCAUGUACUUGGAUAUAUGUCAAAACAACUUCUGAGAAUACACCAGAAUUUGUAGUUCUUUGAAGCCUCAUUCAUCUUAAGUAUAGCCAAGACCUAGGAAAGCUCUACAGGUCGUUCCUUUUAUAGUUGUAUUUCUGCAUCUCCCAGUUUCAUUCAUUCUUGCUUUAUGAAUUAAAAAAAAAAAAUCCUGCAUAUUUCUUGUACAUAUGCAUGCAAGUGAAAGAAGGGAGUUUGUACUGGUGCCAUUUCUCCCUUCAGUUACUGGUUCAAUGGGAUUUGCUAGAAUAAAUUCCCCCUGAUUGAAGGGUGAAAAUAGACCCUUUUGUGUAUAUCUGUACAGAGAUGUGUAUAUGGGAUGUGGUGGCACUUUGCUGAAUGUGAACUUGCCUUGUCAAUGGAAAGAUUGAAAAGUAUUACGUUUAUUUAUACAUUUGUAUAAAUCUAUAUAUACACGUAUGUAUAUGUGUGUGUAUAGAUAAAGCUAUAUACAUAUAUUUCCCUAAAAAAUGUGUGUGUAAUAGAUUAACAGCCUUUGUUAAGAUUAUACGUCUAUGGAAAACUCGAUGAUUCUGUAAGCAAGAGGAAGGGACAGUCUGGAGUCCAUUAUCGGUGCAUACCAAGAUGGAAGUCCUUUGGAUUAAUAGUCUUAUUUAUGGUUAUUCUACGUGAAUUCCUGCUAGAACUGUUCUUUCUUGCCAGUUCCACUGUCCUUCGUCUUCACUGCCUUCUCAAGCAGUCUCUCAUCACACAUCAUGGUAGUUUUUUCCCCUUUAUGAUGUCCUCUCUAGCCAGAGGCGUUUGGCUUAAGCAUAGUUCAUUAACGUCUCGGUCUUGUCUUCUAAAGAUCUUUAUCUCUGAUAUUUUCCAGAAGGUGUCACUUUGGGUAAUAGUUUGUAUAGUAAUUUUGAGGAUUGGGCAUUCAUCCUUGUCUCAAAAACAAACCAAAAAACCAACAUUUAAAUAAGACUAAUUUGAAAGUUUUACCUGGAUAAUUUGGGGACAUUUCACUCACAAUGGAAAAGAACAUAACUGAUUUUAGUACUGAUAACAGUGUUAGCUUUAUUUUCUCAUUUAUCCUCAUCAAUUUGUCAUCUAAAAAUGUGGUUUACUUUGUGUCUUUUUAAUCAUUUACCAUUUUCUUUUUAAUGGAAGGCAUACAAAGUCACACAUAAGCCUCCUGAAUUCUAGAAGUAACUCACUUUACUCAUGAUGACCCUGCUUCAGCCAAUUCUUAUGUAACGAAUUUUGCUAUAUUUUCGACUUUUUUCCCACAUUUGUGACAUUCUGUUUUAACCUCGCUGCAGCUCUCUAGAAAACUUGCAUCCCUAUAUAUUGUGCCUUUAAAGCUCUUAUGCACACACAAGACAAAAGUGUAUAUAUACAUGUCUGAGCAUGUGUACAUAUACUUUCGUAUAUACUCACACAGUAUGUCUCGUAUAUAUUGUGGGAGUGAAUAUAUAGAUAUUCAGAGGCAAUGAAAUGUUGCUUUCUAGAUAUAUAUGUAUAUAAAUAGUGUUGAUAUACUGUAUAUACACAUGUAUAUGUAUGAGUUUUAAAUGGCAAUCUUUUACAUUUAGCAAAAUGCUGCCCCUACUGGAAUAUUGUCACUGCAAUGGCAGUUGUAUGUAAUGAUUUAAAAAUACAUUAUCAAAAAUUAUUUAAAAAAAAAAACAUUUAAAAGUCUCAUCUAAAGACAUCCACACAUUAUUUAUUUAUCUUCCUUUUCCUUUUUAUUGUUACAUUUUUUUUUUUUUAACUGAAAGGGAGACUGUCAUUUUUAAAAAUGCCAUCUGUCCCAUGGGAGAAAGAGAGAGCUGGGGAUUCACUUGAGGAACCUGGUGCGUUUUUCCUCUCUCUGAAAUGGAGAUGUACCACAAACCAGCCUGUUUAUUUCAGUCAUAAAACAAUCCUGUCCUUUCCGUUAGCGUAUGUCCACCACCAUCUUCUAGAUCAACUUAAUUCACCAAUUUGCCUCUUCCUUUCAUUAAUAAAUAACGAUCAUUGAGAUCAUUUUGCCUGGGGGAAGUUAACUACUCUCUAGCUGCAGGGAAACCUAUCCCCUAAUUGUUAUUCUGCCUUGUUCAAAAUUCAACUUUGUGAGAAGGCAGCUCUCAUGAAGCUUGUCUUAAGCGUGUUUUGCAUUUAUUUAGUUAAAGGUCUUCCCAGACUUUUUUUUUGUUGUUGUUGUUCUUUUUAAAGAACUCCAAGUCUGCAUGCACUUGCCACAGAUUUAAUUCUUAGUCCCUACAGCUGCAGAUGUCUUCAUCCGUACAUCAGUUUGGCACACUGAAGGAAAGACUAUGAAGAAGAAAACGUGAAAUAUUUUAUUUUGUGAUGAGUUGGCAGCAGAUGACAUUUCAAGACCUUACAGAGAGAGGAACGUAGAUGGACAAUCCUAAAUUUUAAGAAGUUAACAACAAAACAAAACAAACAAAAAAGCCAGUGAAGGAGGAGAACCCCCUGAAGACCAGAACAGAGAGGUUGGGGUCUGAGUGAUUUCGUAGAGUAGUUGAGCUGGAACUUGAUAUCAGAAGCAGCCUUUAACAAAGCCUCUUGGCCGCAUUAUGGUACUAACUGGAGUACAGAGGCGUAAAUUGAAACCAAGUUGCAGUGGGAAAUCAGAGGUGAGGCAAUAGCUUCUUUGGAUCCAGUAAGGGACAGACACGUUGCACAGUUUUCAAAUGUCUUCUUACGAAGUAACUGCACGGUAGCAAGGACUAGCAGUUCUCAGAGCCCUUCUUUUUCAGUGUUCUCAUUCACCUUGGCACACAAGUAUGUUUAACAGGCCAUACAUUAAAAAUAUUUACAAAAAAAAAAAAAAAAAAAAAAAGCUGCUUAAAGGGAACUUACAAACCGAAAAUCUUGUCUGCAUUUGCGUGAAUAGUGGCUAGAAGCUUAGUUAUAUGCACAAAAGCUAAGGGGCCACCCGUUUCUGCGCAGACUAUAGCAGCCAGAUGAGGACGUCGGCAGGUUUGGUGAAGAGCCCCCCAGUUCGGACAGAAAGGCAGGUCUGUGGCACUGAGUGUGGUGUGGCUGGGGGGGCGGGACCACAUUUUGGGAGGUGAUAGGCUGUUGGUUUGUAAUUUCCCUUUAAACGUGAAGAGAUGGCUCACAUUUUCCAUAUAUAUCUCAAUGAAUGUACUGUAUUACUGUUUUAAAAAUUUGAUGAAAUAAUAAUGGAUUGGUCUCCUUUUGUUAUCUGGUCCUUGUUUAAUUUGUUUAAGGGUUUUGUAUACAAAAGUUUACAUUUUUAUGUAUAUUUUUCUUGUGUAAAAACUGAUGUAAUAUGUGUAUAAAACACUGUAUGUAUUAUCUGUAUAUAGUGUGACAAAAUGAUUUUUCUUUCUUUCUUUUGGAUGUAUUAAUAAAUCUUGCUGUGAAGUA